GUUAUGCGACAAACAACAAGGAAUGAUCAUUCGUCGUCGAACCGCCAACCAGGCAUAACGUCGUACGAGAUUUGAAAGUCCGAAACGCGGCGCGACAUUUUGGAUUAUUUCCACACACUUUUGUUUGAAGCGACAAAAAAUACGCUUUCGUUGUUUUUUUGUUGUCCAAAAAUUGUUUAUGUUUUGUUUGCCGUUUUAAUUAACAACACCCAGUUAAUAAUUGAGAGUAGUUAACGAACGGUUAACUUGUGGUUUGAGAAAAAAACCGACAUAAUUUGUGAAAAUUAAUUGAGUGCUCACAGUUUCCCUCUACGCGUGGCAUUAAUUACAAAAAUUGUAAGAAAUAAAUAAAUCGAGGGAAAUUAAAGAAUUUAAAUUCAAAAAUAAGCGCCGGUUAUUGGAGAAUUUCAAAGCAAAAGAAAUAAGAAACAAAACUAAAAGCAUGAACCAAAAAACACUAAAGACUAACAACAACAAAACACAGCGUCGACAAAUAAUAUCAAAACCUUUAAAACACAACACGCACCAGUCUCAUGCUCAGAGGAAAAUUUAAAGAAAACAUCAGCUAAAAAAAGAAAAAUUGCUGAAUCAGGAAAAUAAAAACCAGCUAGCAACACCAGUGUGUUAUAUAUUGUGAUAAUAUUCAUAAAUAAAUCCAAAAAGAAGAAGAAGAAAAACACGCACAAGAAGAAAACCAGUUCCUCCUGCAAAAGAAGAGUCCUAUUAUAAUCGACAAUACAUAAUAAUCAACAUCAUUGCCAUUGCCUAGGAAUUUCUUUUAAAAUAAUCAGACACACAACAAGCCAGCCAGUCAACCAAAUCACCCAGUUGAUAAUAAACACCAGUGAAAACAUUGUCCAUUAGUUUUGUAACAAGAUUUAAGGCAAGGUACCUAAAAAUAGUAACUAUUUAAAGAAGAAGAAGAACAGCAACAACAACUCAAGAAGAGAAAACAAAAUAAAAAAAGCAUUUUCAAACUGUGAUUAAAAGAACUUAACGUCAAAUCAUCUCUGGUUUAACGUAAACAACAACAACUACAUCAUUUCUUGGUUAGUGUGUCGUUUCUUCUGCGUUUACUGUGAUUAUCAAAUCUCAGGCUGCUAAGGCGACAACAACAAUACAUAUCAUCAACAUAUUUUAAUCUUCUACUAAAUAUUUGUUGUUGUGACAAAUAUCGCCACUAAUACGCGCUUGGUUACCCAACCGCGUCAGCCUAAUUGGUUGAGAGCAAAAGAUUAAGAGACCUUAUAUUAAGUUAGUGUUUAGCUUCGAGUCGUGGUCAUCGUCGUAUAACGACAUAAAAACAAACAACAUCACUAUGAUUUCCCACAGUCCACCCAUCUUUAGUCAUAGUCCACCGGUCAGUUUCUUAGCCGACUUCAUGAAUAAUCGUCAAAGUUUAAAUUGUAAUGAUGAGCAUAACCGUGCAUCACGUUAUUGCCGCCCUCCAGUUAUAACAUUGGCCUCAAAGGCUAUGGUUAAUAACGCCCAGCAACGUGUAGCUAGUCCUAAUUUUGGUGGUACAUCGUCUAACGAUAAUAAUCGCUUAAAUUCCACAUCUAAUAGUAAUACUAAUAACUCUAACGCCCAAUAUAAGGCAAAUAUAACAAGCUUCAUGCCAGAAAUGGGUCGUCGCCUUGAACGCAUGACUUCGGCACCAACAUUGCCGAUGACACCGAAAUCAUGUCUACGUCGUAAAUCCUGCCUACAUAAAUCUUCAACGGAAUCGAUUGAAGUCACAGAUAAGGAUACCAAUACGGAUACCAAGUGUUCAGAAAAUAAUGGCCAUCAACGUAAAAAAGUGAUAUUUGCCGAUGAUGAAGGCCUUUCUUUGACACAAAUCCGUGUAAUGUCUGAACCUUCAAAUGUCCCUCCAUACUGGAGUAUGAAAUUCUUGGAACAGAUUACACAAGGUUUGGUUACACCCCAUCCUGCCGAUCAGUGGACUGUUGACUUUAAACAACCUGCCUCCGAUUACUUGGUCUUUAGACAAACCAUUGAACGUGAUUUUGUUUCACUUGAAAAUGUUAUUGUCAAAGACGAGGAAUCAAUUGUGGUUGGCACCGUAAAGGUUAAGAACAUAUCCUUUGCCAAAGAGGUAGUUGUACGUGUUACUUGGGAUGAUUGGAAGAGCCAACAGGACAUCUUUUGCACCUAUAAUAGAGCUUACGGUCCUGCCACAUGUGCCCAUGUGGUAUUCGAUACAUUCUCAUUCAAAAUUACCCUUCCACCAUCAUCCAAACGCUUGGAAUUCUGCAUAUGCUAUCGUGCUGAUGGCCAGGAAUAUUGGGAUAAUAAUGGUGGCAAAAACUAUACCAUCACCAAACGCUCGCCCUUCUAUUAUAAUGCCUUGUCGCCAUAUGAAAAGAACAACACAUCAUCUGCCAUGCGCAACUCCGCAUCUUGCCAGAGUCAAGUGAGAUCAGCACUGAGUGCGGCUUUGGCAAAUAAAAAUUCUGAUUCAACGCAAAAUUGGCAACAAGAGCCCAGUCCUUAUUGGUAGAAUUGCAGAUGUGAUGGAUGACCAUGAGCAGGAUCAUGAAACAAGGUUUAGAAUAUUUAUAAACUUGUACAGCAAAGGCUUUGCAGCUUUCAAACAAUUGGGCUGCAGAGCUAAACUUCAAAAACCCCCCAGAGAGCUUUAAAAUUGUUCCCUUUUUUUGAAAGCAUAAACUAUAUAGAAAUAGGGUUAUUUUGUAUGUAAAAAUUAACUUUAUUCGAAAGAUGAAGGGACAUUGGCACCAAGAAGAAGAAGAAUAUCAAAAGGGAAUGCAAAAUAUUGAGGUCCUCAUAGUGUUUUUGUAAAACAUAGAAAGUAACUGAGGAAAAUGCCCUUCAAAAAUACAACUAAGAUCAAAUAAUACUGAUAAUAACAAAUUGAAAGAGAAACAAAGGUAAAGUUCUCUUCAGCUUGCAUUGUUCCUCGGAACAUCAUGCCUAAAUUACAAAAAAAAAGAAUUAAAAAAACUAUUUUGUUUAAGUCAUGAGAUUAACGAAAUCUCAUGGAUUUUAAACUUGUGAAAUGUGAAUUGAUGUUUGCUAAUGAUCUCCUGUCCUGUUUUGAAUUUGGAUAUGUCUUUGUAAAGUGUUCAUGUGUAUUUUUCGUUAUGUAUCUUAUGGAUCUCUUUUAAUUUUGAAAAUGUAAAUUUUCCAAAUUCAAAUCAGUGACUUUUAAAAGAAGACUUUCUAAACAGAGCUUAAGAUUUGUCACAUAUGAACAUUGAAUACAAAGUGAGCAAAAUCUAUAUGGUGUAUAUUAUGUUCAAAUUUUGAGCAUAUUCAUAAAAUUAAGACUUCAAGAUAUAGAUAAAUUAUGAUAUUGCUAAAAGUUAUUGCUCUCCAAUCGCAAACAUAUACACCACUUCUAUUGAUUUACUAAAAAUCACAAUUUUUAUCAAUACAAGAUAGGGUUAAUGAGAUUUUAACAAAUGAAUUUGAUUUGUUGUGUUCGUGUACGAACAAGCAUUUUAUAUUGGCUAAAAAGUUCCCCGAAUGAAAAUUACACAUUAAAACUAAAUGAUUAUUGUCAAAAUGUUGAUCAUUAAAGUCUAUAUAUAUAUAAUUUUGUUUUAAUUUUAAAUUAGCCAAGGUAGAAAUAUGAAUCUAUACUUACAUUUGUUUCGGAGAUCUACUCAACAUCAAUUCAAAUUAUGCAGAAUUUGCAAUCAUCUCAAAUCAAUAUUGAGUUGUAUAAUGAGCUUAAAAAACUAAAUACAAAUAAGCACAUUAUAAAUAUUUAUACACUGGAAGUCGCACAGUCUGUCUUGUGACUGCAAAUAGGGGAAAAUCGAAUCGUGAAUAAAUACUAAACAUUUCUGCAGUAUCUGAAAUGUUUAUUGUUCAUGAAAAUCCCCUUGAAAUGGCCCAAACAAAAUCUCUCCCAAAAAAAAAAAGGAACAAAAAUACUUUAAAACUAUAACUAACUACUACUUUUGAUAUGACUCAUGAAUUUAAAUCAAACCCAGAGAAAUUAACUACAAUCUUUCGAUGCCCCUCAAUGUUUGAUGGAAAAACAAAUAUCCUCUAUGGAAAAAAUAUUUAUCGAUUUUAAACCAUUAUGGUUAUAUAUUUUUACACAUAUAUAUAAAAAUGGCUUCAAGUUUAAAUUGUUUAUAUGUAACGUUUUGUUUGCUUGUUUUGCUUUUUAUUUAAUUUUUUUGUUUCUUUUUUCAAUACCAUCCAAAAAAGAUUAUAAAAUGACUCUAACAAAAUUUCUAGAAUUCUUCGAAUAUGUGGCCUUAUAAUAAACAAGAAACGUUUUAACCAUUAUUUUAUAUGUAUAUUUUACAACUUUUUUUUAUUAAUAAUCAUCAAAACAAAAAAAAAACUAGAAAUCCUGCAACUUAAAAGACUGAAAUUGUUAUUGAUGAAAAGAAACAAAAAAAUAUAUCCCACAAUAAUUGUCAAUUAUCCUUUAUGUUUGCGUUUUUGUUUAUUUCUCGUAAAAAAAUUUACCCCAACAAAUUCUCAAGAAAAAGUAAUAACGUUUGAUUGUGUUUUUAAUUUUGCCUUAUAUGUUUUAUUUACAAUGAGUUUUUUUUAUUUUACGAAAAUUUUGGGUAUUUUUUUGUAAUAUUGAUCAUAAGUCUUUACAUAGUUUGUAAAUAAACAAUAAAAUAAAACAUGAUUUGCAAAUACACAUAGUUUUAAUAAUUUCCUGUGUAAUAUUUAGUUCUAAGCGUUUUUUAGUUGUAUCCAACAAGCCAUAGCUGUUCUUUAUACUUUUUUUUAAUAAUUAUAUUUUAAUAUACGAACUGUACGUCCUUUCCUGUGAACAGUCGAUUUUCGAGGACGUUUAAUGCUAUUAUUUUAAUAUACAUCAUAUUUUUCAUUUUAAUGCCAUAUAUUAUAUACACAUUAAAAUAGGGUUUUCAAAUAAACAAAGCAAUAAAUGAUAUAUAUUUUUUAA